AUGGAGUUGAUAAUGUCACGCGCUAAAGGUCGGGUGUACGCUACUAAGGCCGCAGCUUAUGACGAGGAAGAGCGCGACGAACCCUUGGUGAACGACGAGCUGUUAGCCAAGGCGGGUACUCAAAAGGCGAUCGCGGAUGCAUAUUGCAAGGAGAACGCGCGUAGGGCGGGGGAAUUGAAGGACUGCCUCGUGCUUAUCACGCACCUUGCUAAGAAGGCCUCGGAAGUUGACGCCGGCGCUCUCACCUGGGAGGUCUACACCAAGAAGGCUUGCGAUGAGUUUCUGUUCAACCGAGAGAUGCUCAAUCUCUCUCCUGAUUCUGAUGACAUGCUCAAGUCGCUCAUUAGUAAGGUUCCCUCUUUCCUCUCACCCUCUCCCCCUCCCCCAAUUCCCCCUCUUUCUACUCUUGCCUUCCUCACUCUUUACAACUGCGUUCGUCCCUCUCAUCGCUUUAUUUUCUCCCUUCUUUAUACCCCACCUCUCUCUAUGUGCCACACCCUUGGUUCUCUCCCGGUUCAUGAAGGCGCCAUUGGGUCAGUGGUUCUGAGAGUAAGAUCAUCCACGUGGCAGCAUCUGGCGGCUCUGUCUGGCCAUGCGGAGGCCAUUCGUUCAAUGGUGCAGGCAGUGAGGAGGCUGGUGUUCGGGGUUGAGGGUCGGAAGGCGGCUGAUGCGGAUACAAUGAGGGAGCAGAAAGAGGAAGGGGGGGAGAAGCAGUGGGAACAGGAGAACGAAGAGGGGGAGGAGGAGGCGCAGAAGAUGGGGACGAGGUACGAGGUGGAGGAAACAACAAAGAGAAUGGACAAGGUGACGGGAGACGGGCUUGAAGUUUCUGAGAAUGAAAGACAAGAGUUUGAGGAAAAAUUCGGGUUCAAGCAAGAGGAAGGAGCAAGGGACGAGGCGGAGGACGGGCAAGCAAACGAAGUGGUGGGAGAGGAGGGGAUGGGCACAGGGUCAGAGCAAGGGGCAGAGAAAGGGGCAGAACAAGGGGCAGAGCAAGGGGCAGAGCAAGGGGCAGAGCAAGGGGCAGAGCAAGGGGCAGAGCAAGGGGCAGAGCAAGGGGCAGAGCAAGGGGCAGAGCAAGGGGCAGAGCAAGGGGCAGAGCAAGGGGCAGGGGAGGGGCGAGCAGGCGAUGUAGACAGGGAGUCAGUGGGGCAAGCGGUUGCUGAGGAAAGAGCCAUGCAAGAGGAGGUGGUUGACAACCUUUCCAUGUUGCAGUGCGGGGAGCAGAGGGGGGACGAGAUUGGAUUCAGGAGGAGCGGUUACCACUACUGUGGAGGAGAGGCAUGCGCACAUGGGAGCAGAGGGCUGGGCGGGGAUAGCAGGAGGAAUGCAGGUGGGGUGGGGGCCCCAAAGGCCAGUAGGAAGGGGGUUUCCAUGACCGAUGGGGGUGGGACAGCAAUAGGCGGUGGGGAGUGGGCUUCCAUGGCCGAUGGGGAGUGGGUUCCAAUGGCCAGUGAAGAAGAGCAGCCCGGUUAA